AUGGCCUCGGACUCGGCGCCGUGUCCACUCAGCAGGCAGUUCUGCAGCAACUCCUCCACCUCAUCUUCAUCUCCUGUGACCUGCGGCCGGUCCGGCAGGCGGCAAUCCUGCCUGACCACGUUCUGCCUGCUGCCUGCGGGUCGGUCCGUGAGCGGAGAGGACGCCGGGUUCCUGCUGAGUGGGCUGCUGGACGCCGUGGCGGAGGAGAGCGACGGUCAGAGUGGGAGUGACCGUCCACCUCCUCAGUGCAGCCCAUGUGAGGAGAGGAGCCCCGCCAGCUCGUACUGCCUGGACUGCAGGGAGUACCUGUGCACUAACUGUGUCUGUGCCCACCGGCGGGUUCGCCUCACGAGAGACCACUUCAUCGAGGUGCUCGGGGGCCGCUGGAGGUCAGAGGUCGGACGAGAGCAGGAGAAAGAGUUCGGCAAGUUAGAUUUUGGCUCUCCGCUGCUGUCCGGCCUUCAGGAACUGGCUAGUUUCUGCCUUCAGCAUGACCACGAGGUGUGCCGUUAUUUCUGUGAGACGUGUUCGGUGCCGGUGUGUCAGGAAUGUGCUGCAGCUCAACAUGGUAACCACAGUUUGGUGCACCUGUGGGAUGCGGUGCUGGAGUCCAGAGUGCUCGCCUUCCAGCUGCUGAACGAAGCACAUCAGGCCCGGCAAGCAAUAAAGGUGAGUAUAGAGAAGGCCCAGCUGCUCGCGGAUCUGGUGGAGAUGAAGGCUCAGAAGGUUCAGACAGAUGUUAAAGCCGCCAUCCUUUUCUAUAGAGCAGCUCUGGAGGAGAGGGAGUCCGAGCUGCUCUGGAAGGUGGAGAAGAUCCGGCAGGUGAAGGCCAAGUCCCUUUUCCUGCAGGUGGAGCAGCUGGAGCAGAACCUGUGCGAACUGGACUCCACAGUUUCUGCAGUGACGCGGUUGCUGGGCGCAGGCUUUAGAGGUGGUGGACGCGUCGCAGAGCUGCUGUUGGCACAGGAAUGCAUGAUUUCACAAACUCAAGCCACGCAAACUCUGUGCUCCCUGCUGCGGCCACAGGAGUACGAGUGGUUUCUGUUCACGGGGCCAGACGGGGGGCUGCUCCAGGCACUGCGCUCGCUGGGCCGGCUGAACACGGGGGCGUUCGCCCCACUCUGCAUCGCCCGCGGCAACGGUCUCCGGGAAGCCAUGUGCACCAAACCCACCUCCUUUACCCUUACAGCAAAGGACCAUCAGGGUCAGCAGCGGCAAGAGGGAGGAGACCCCGUAUCAGCUGCGGUCCUGGACGCUAAUGGCAGCGCUACCAUGGCGGACGUGUUGGAUCACAACAACGGCACAUACACUUUCACCUAUGUGGCGCAGAGUGUGGGUAAAAGCCUAGUGUUGGUGCUGGUGGGAAACAGGCAUGUGGAGGGCAGUCCUUUCUCUGUGCAAGUAAUGGCCGGCCACAAGUUUGGUUCGUCUGGGUUGCCCGUGGCCACUUUUGGUGGUGAGGGCAAAGCUGAGGGGCAACUUUGCCGGCCAUGGGGCAUCACGGUGGACUCAGAGGGGUUUGUUAUCGUGGCCGACCGCAGCAACAACCGCGUGCAAGUGUUCGGACCAGACGGAAGCUUCCAGCAUGCCUUCGGCAGCCUGGGCUCACAGCCUGGCCAGUUCGAUCGGCCGGCCGGGGUGGCGUGUGACCUUCAGCGCCGAAUCGUGGUGGCUGACAAAGACAACCACCGCAUCCAGGUUUUUACCUUCCCUGGGCAGUUUCUGCUCACGUUUGGAGAGAAGGGCUCAAAGAACGGGCAGUUUACCUACCCAUGGGACGUAGCGGUCAACUCAUCCAGGCAGAUUCUUGUGUCCGACACCCGCAACCAUCGUGUUCAGCUCUUUGCGCCGGACGGCACAUUCCUCAAUAAGUACGGCUUCGAGGGGGCGCUUUGGAAGCACUUUGACUCGCCACGCGGUGUUGCCUUCACUCGCGAGGAUCACCUGGUCGUCACCGACUUCAACAAUCAUCGUCUGCUGGUGAUCCAGCCCGACUGCAAAUCGGCACGUUUUCUAGGUGCCGAAGGAACCGGCGAUGGACAGUUCAUGCGUCCGCAAGGCGUGGCCGUGGACCAAGAGAACCGCAUCAUUGUGGCCGACUCUCGGAACCACCGCCUGCAAGUCUUCCAGGCUGAUGGAACCUUCCUGUACAAGUUUGGCACACAAGGGGACGGCCCGGGCCAGAUGGACCGUCCGUCUGGUGUUGCGGUAACGCCAGACGGGUUUAUUGUUGUGGUGGACUUUGGGAACAACCGCAUCCUGAAGUUCUAG